CUCCGUGAUGUGACUCCUCGGUACUCGCCGCUGCAGACUGUUACAGCCACCGGCCGGGGGUGCAGGUCUCAUACCGAUAAGGAGAGAAACGCUUAACACCUAAGAACGCGGCUCAGGCUGGGGGAUACCGGGAGCCAGGCCGACAUCUCCCGGCCACCAGGGACCAAGGUGGACACAGGGGCCACGGAACACAACCGGGAGCAUCCCCCGAGUAGCCAACAAGGACGAAAGAAGAAGCCCAGCUGUGAGCAUGUCACAGUCAGCAGCACGGCGGCUGCAGCGCGGAACUCCCCUCCAGCUGCCCCCAGGAAUGAUGGAGUCUCCCAGCGUAGACAAGGAGCUGCUUGAAGGAUGCACUUCUCCAUUAGAGCUGAAAUCGGCUCCCAGCAAGAAGAUGUGGAUCAAGCUGCGAUCUCUUCUGAAGUUCAUGGUGAAACAACUUGAAAAUGGAGAGGUCAAUAUUGUAGAACUGAAAAAAAACUUGGAGUACACAGCCUCGCUAUUGGAAGCAGUGUACAUCGAUGAGACAAGACAGAUUUUGGACACAGAUGAUGAACUUCCAGAAAUCCGCUCUGAUGCUGUUCCCUCUGAGGUCCGUGAUUGGUUGGCGUCCACAUUUACUCAACAGACCAGGUCAAGCGGUCGACGAUCUGAAGAGAAGCCCAGAUUCCGGAGCAUUGUGCAUGCCGUGCAGGCAGGGAUCUUCGUGGAAAGAAUGUUUCGAAGAACAUACACAGCAGUGGGACCCAAUUACUCUGCAGCUGUCGUAAAUAGUUUAAAGCACCUGGACCUGUGGGACUUUGAUGUAUUUGUAUUGAACAGAGUGAGUGAAGAUCAUGCCUUGAAAACUAUUGUUUUUGAACUCCUGACGCGACACAAUCUGAACAGCCGCUUUAAGAUCCCGGUGGCAUUUCUGAUGAGCUUUCUGGAUUCUCUGGAGAGCGGUUAUGGAAAGUACAAAAACCCUUAUCAUAACCAGAUCCAUGCAGCUGACGUGACACAGACUGUCCACUGCUUUCUACUGAGGACAGGCAUGGUGCACUGCCUAAAUGAAAUUGAAAUUUUGGCUAUCAUUUUUGCUGCUGCCAUCCAUGACUUUGAACAUACAGGAACAACAAACAGCUUCCACAUCCAGACCAAGUCGGACUGUGCCAUUCUUUACAAUGACCGGUCAGUUCUGGAGAACCACCAUGUUAGUGCAGUGUAUCGUAUCAUGCAAGAUGACGAGAUGAACAUUUUUGUCAACCUUACCAAGGAUGAGUUCACAGAAUUGAGGUCUCUUGUCAUAGAGAUGGUCUUGGCUACAGACAUGUCUUGUCACUUUCAGCAAGUCAAAACCAUGAAGACAUCCCUGCAGCAGCUGGAGACCAUUGACAAAUCAAAGGCUCUUUCGCUCCUGCUUCACGCUGCAGACAUCAGCCAUCCAACCAAGCAAUGGAAGGUGCAUGCACGCUGGACCAAACUGCUCAUGGAAGAGUUUUUUAGACAGGGCGACAAAGAAGUUGAAAUGGGACUGCCCUUUUCUCCCCUAUGUGAUCGCAAGGCCACAUUAGUGGCUCAGUCUCAGAUAGGGUUCAUCGAGUUUAUCGUUGAUCCUACUUUCUCAGUACUGACAGAUGUGGCUGAAAAGAUUGUUCUUCCAUUAGUAGAAGAAGGAAGCAAGAACAAGCCAAAUGCUCCUGUCAACCAGUCGAGCUCUCAGUGGAGGCAGCCAUCCAUAGAUGAGCAAGCGGAACUAGGAGACAUUAAUGCUGACCUGAACAGCUUCCGAACAGCGUGGACUAAGUAUAUUCAGGAAAACAAACAAAAAUGGAAAGAAAGAGCAGCCAGUGGGAUCACUAACCAGACUUCUGUGGAUGAACUGUCCCCUUGUGAGGAGGAACAUAGCACAGAGGAGAAUGGCAACCUGGACUAGUGCAUAUUUUCCCUGUACACCAGGCACUGCUCUGGCUCAAAAUGAGGUCUUUGAUAUCACAUCAGAUCCCCUCCCUGCAGAAUAAGCGACCUGGGACACAGGGAGUGUAAAGAUCGGAUCUGAGUGAAGCCUCCAGUUACUUAGCACGCACAGAAAGUGGGGCAUUCAGGGAACUCGCCUAUCCUCAGAAUCUCUCCAUCUGUGACACUGUGUAGGCUAACUAUUAGUACAUCGUACGACUCUCCCUACGUCCAUCUCUCUGCUCUGUGGGUCUGUCUGUCUUUUAUGUGGAUCACCUAGAUACGGCCAUGCCUCUUCUCUUUAAAAUAGAGCUGUUUGUAUUAUUUUUUUUUAACCGUACACAUAAUUUACAUUGUGUGGUCAAUACCAUUUUGUAUGAUGACCUCCAAAAGCAACAUGACUGUGCAUGGAUUUUCAGCAACAAAAUUAUAUAUAUAUAUAUAUAUGCACAUGGACGUUAAAACAUUCAUGGUUUAUAAAACAUACUUGCAUUAGAAAUAAAGUAAUCUUGUCUUAAUCAAACCCAAGUCCAGCACUCCCUUAGGUUUGGGGGAAAAAAGGCAAUACCAGACAAAAAGCAGCUUGCACAUAUAGGUUUAAAGACACAGGCAUCAGGAUCCAGUGGUAGUAGGUAGGUCCUAAAAAACAUUAAAGUGACAGAUAAAAGCCUUUUCACCGCAUUGUAACUUAGUUACUCAGGUUAUGUCAUGGCCGUGCUUUAGUAGUUUAACUAGAAGAAAAGCGUAUUGUAUUUUAUUUAGAGAUUAUCAGCGCAUUCAGCAAUAGGUGACAUUAUUAUAACAGAUAUGCAGUACUUCCUAUAUGCAGAACCUUACGUGAUCCGGUCCUUUCUACGGAGACCCUGUGACAGCGGAUCAAACACAGUCCUCAAGCAUGCAGAAUUCUGCUGAGAGUAGUCAGAGCAUUGCACGUUAUCCCUUUAAUUACCCUUACAAAUUGCCCAUGCCACAGGCCUGCAGAGCGUUGCGUAAUCCAUUCCACACAUUGGAUUUCAGAAAGAAAAAUCUUCUUGUCUUUCGAUCUUGUCUGUGUCAUAGGAUUUGAUGUUGUGUUUUGGUGCCUUGUUUUGAAGUGCGUUAUGUUCUUUGUCUACACACAAUCGUUAACCUUUAGGUACAUAAUUCCAGACAUAGCAGUGUUAAAGUCAUUUCAUUUUACAGUGAUUGUGUUGGUUCAGCGUUUUAUCCUUGUUUUAAUUUUUACUAGAAUCUCAUACUCUUCUUCUGUGUGUAGAGAAGUCGAUCCUGAGAUUCUUGUCUAAUUGUUGGUGUCCCGUCACUUUCAGCGUUCUAAACCACAAACAUUUUAGGGGAAAUGUCAGUGUCUGUUCGUGCCAUCUAAAAGCUUUAAGCGAGAUCUGGACCACAAGUCUCACAAGCAGAUAGAUUGGCAGGAACGUAACACUAUGUGAUCUAUUUUCUAAAAAGGCAAAGGUUAUGUGAUUGAACCCUCAUCACGUACCUUAUGUAGAAACGAUUCCUCUAAAAUAACCAUGCGUCCGUCACUUUAACUGUAUCCCCGGGGGCUCUCUUAAGAGAUUUAUUUUUAAAAUAGUGGUUCAUCAUAUUUCCUUAUUAGCACACAGUCAGAGAGACAGAGCAAUAUUAGGUUGGAUAGAGAUGUCCGUCUCUACAUGCAAUUGUAAAUGCUUAUAUUUUAUACCAUUAUUCUGGAUGUGAAUAAAAAUUUGGCCUUACAGACAA